GGAAGACAGGGAGGGGACUUCACCGGGAGCGGCUUUUGCGGGCGAGCGGGGAGGCCGCGACUCCAGGCCCUGGCGGCCCCGGGCGCGACCUUGGGCGGGCACUGCCGCCCUCUCCGCCCCGCCGGCCUCUUGCGCCUGCCGGGCUUCUCCCCCUCCUCCCCUCGGCUGCAUCAGAAGAAGCGUGGUCAGCGGGAAAUGGUACAAUUGUUGCUGUGCAGCUGGAUGUUGCUGAAUAGCAUUUCUAUGAGCUUGCUGUUCAAUCUGUACAUCAUUCAGAAUGGCGAAGAACCCUAAUUUUCAGGAAGCCGGUCAUCUGCCUACAGGCUACGUCCACUGUAGAUCUUCAGAUAGCUUUACUGGCUACCAAUAUCACCAUCCAUCCAAGAUGAGUAACAGCCAUCCGCUUCGCCCUUACACAGCUGUGGGUGAGAUUGACCAUGUUCACAUUCUAUCAGAGCAUAUUGGUGCUCUAAUGAAUGGGGAAGAAUAUAGUGACGUUACCUUUAUUGUGGAAAAGAAACGUUUUCCGGCACACAGGGUGAUCCUGGCUGCUAGGUGCCAUUAUUUCAGAGCAUUACUGUAUGGUGGAAUGAGAGAAUCGCAACCUGAAGCAGAGAUUCCUCUUCAGGACACCACUGCAGAAGCAUUUACCAUGCUGUUGAAAUAUAUUUACACUGGUCGUGCUACUCUACGAGAUGAGAAAGAGGAGGUUCUCCUGGACUUCCUAAGCCUAGCACAUAAAUAUGGGUUCCCAGAACUAGAGGAUUCCACCUCUGAGUAUCUUUGCACAAUCCUUAAUAUUCAGAACGUCUGUAUGACAUUUGAUGUUGCCAGUCUUUAUUCCCUUCCCAAAUUAACUUGUAUGUGCUGUAUGUUCAUGGAUAGAAAUGCUCAAGAAGUACUCUCCAGUGAAGGCUUCCUAUCGCUUUCUAAGGCUGCUCUUCUAAGUAUUGUAUUGAGGGACUCAUUUGCAGCUCCUGAGAAGGACAUUUUCCAAGCUUUGAUGAAUUGGUGUAAACAUAACCCCAAGGAAAACCACGCUGAAAUCAUGCAAGCAGUACGUUUGCCACUAAUGAGUCUAACUGAACUACUAAAUGUUGUAAGACCUUCUGGAUUGUUGUCACCUGAUGCCAUCCUAGAUGCCAUUAAGAUUCGUUCUGAGAGUCGAGACAUGGACCUCAACUACAGGGGCAGGUUGAUACCAGGGGAAAAUAUUGCAACAAUGAAGUAUGGAGCACAGGUUGUAAAAGGGGAGCUGAAGUCUGCUUUAUUAGAUGGAGAUACUCAGAACUAUGACUUGGAUCAUGGCUUCUCUCGACACCCAAUCGAUGAUGACUGCCGUUCUGGAAUUGAAAUUAAACUAGGCCAGCCAUCAAUAAUCAACCACAUACGAAUACUCCUGUGGGACAGAGAUAGUCGGUCUUAUUCCUACUACAUUGAGGUAUCCAUGGAUGAGUUAGACUGGAUUCGGGUUAUCGAUCACUCUAAAUACCUCUGUCGGUCCUGGCAGAACCUGUAUUUUCCUGCCCGUGUCUGCAGGUAUAUUCGCAUUGUUGGGACCCACAACACAGUGAACAAAGUUUUCCAUAUUGUGGCAUUUGAAUGCAUGUUCACUAACAAAACCUUUACUCUUGAAAAAGGUCUGAUAGUUCCCAAUGAAAAUGUUGCAACAAUUGCAGACUGUGCCAGUGUGAUUGAGGGUGUAAGUCGCAGUCGCAAUGCCUUAUUGAAUGGAGACACAAAAAACUAUGAUUGGGAUUCUGGUUACACAUGUCAUCAGCUUGGGAGUGGAGCUAUUGUAGUACAGCUAGCACAGCCCUACAUGAUUGGAUCAAUACGGUUGCUACUUUGGGACUGUGAUGAUCGGAGCUACAGCUACUACAUUGAGGUUUCAACAAAUCAGCAGCAGUGGACUAUGGUGGCCGAUCGAACAAAAAUUUCCUGCAAAUCCUGGCAAACGAUCACUUUUGAUAAACAGCCUGCAUCUUUUAUCAGAAUAGUUGGAACUCACAACACAGCUAAUGAGGUGUUUCACUGUGUCCAUUUUGAGUGCCCAGCACAAAACAGUACCCACAAGGAUGAGAGCAGUAAGGAAGUGGCAACAGCAGAGGUGGGAACUGGUGGACAACAGCUUGUUUCUCGCCCUGGUCGAGCUGCAAGCACUAGUUCCCUGCAUUCCCCUCCUGGAUCCACUUCGCGUUCACAUGCUCACCAACAGUAAAGGAGAUUGAAGGGAGUUUUUGCAGCCCUGCUGAUGUUAUUUAAAAUUAUUCAGAACUUUCUUGUGCUGGCACCUUUUCUUUCAUUUUGUCUGUGAACAAAGGGGACCAUGUCUGAAACCUGGCAAUGCUGAAAUGGAAAAGGCUUUUCCCAAGGACAUGAAGAGACUGCUUUGCUCUCCUCAAUUUGUUCAAAUCAGGCUGGUCUCCGAGGGGGGAGAGAAUAGGUCUUCAAUCUUCAUCAAGUACCCUAUUAACACCCUACCUCUCUAAUCUAACCAAGGCAAGGAGAACAGAAGGAAAUAAAAGGCCAGAGCUACAGUAGAAAUCUAAAAUUACUCGAGCAGAAUAGAAGGCAUAUGAAAUAAGUAUUUGUUCCCUGAAGGCUUACAUUGCAAAGAAAUGUUUAUGGAACACAUCAGUCCAGAAUAUAUGUUAUUUUUUAGAAGUUAAUCUUUGUUCAUAUUUCUUUGUAACUAGUAAUCUCUUUCCUAAAUUGUUUUGACUCUGUAUUCCACUUUGUCUGUUAUUCUGGGCUGUAGCAAAUGCUGUGCUGUAGAUUAAAGAAGGAUCAAACAUGUUUACCUGCUGAGAUGCAAAUUCCCUCAUUCAUCAGUGGGGUGACAGAAAAAGCCUUCAUGGUAUCAACAAACUAAUUAGUGGAUGCUAUAUUAAUUUUGACCUAAGUUGACUUUUCAAAGUACAAAAUUGUCAUUUAUACACUCAAAAAGGGAAUAUCCUAGAUCUAGCAACCGUCUUGAAGACAAACCUAUUUUUCAAUCCAGAAGAUGACUACUUAAAUUUUACCUGUAUUUCUAAGAAAACUUGCCACAGAUCAGCAGUUGUGUUUGGUUUAGAAAAGUGGAACUGCAUCUGGUCACUAGCACACAGUUGUUCAAAUACAAAAAGAAGAGUUUGCAGAUACUUUUUUCCAAGAAAAAAAUGUUUUACAGUCUGGAGCUAAAAAUUCUAAGGCUGUGUGUGCAUAAACUUUUCUCAUAAUCUUCAUAAAAUACGAUGCUUUUACACUGUAUUGUAAAAGAUCUGGCUCUUUCUUUACAAUCACAGUAUCUAUUAUCCAUCUGUAUCUGUAUGGAUUACCUUGCCUGCUACUUUGCUUAUUCUGUUUCCACAGAUGAUGCAGUCUUUUACUCAAGAUCUACGUGACUUUUAGGAAGAACACCAUGUUGGUCUUUCAGUAUGGGAUUAAGUGACUUUAUACUAAGACAAACGCUGAUGUAAUUAGGAAAGUUGAUUAGGAGGAUUGUUACUCCCCACCAAGUAUCUUAUUUUGGAAAUGUCAGCUAUCCAGUUUUAUGAAUUUGGAAUUUCCCGUGGUGACAAAUGGGCUUGUCAGAAGAAAACAAAGCCACUGUAGAAUAAAUACGGUUUUCCUUUGCAUAACCAUAGUGAUAAAAUGAGUUAUAUCAACAUAGCAAAUAGCAUGUUAAUUUAUCACACUACUUAAUUUGAAAGAAUUUCCCUGGUGGAUACUGGUUGUGCUAAAACCAGGAAGAAAUAUAACAUGUGCUAGCAAUGAAUCGCAGUAGAGGCUUUGAAGGAGAAAAGCUUCCUUUUUCUUGUUUCAAAUAAAAUUGAGUAGGCUUUAUCAAUAAUAUUAUAGCAUUUUUCAUUGCCAAAUAGCAGUUGAGUUCUGAUGUUUGCAUAUAGCACCCUUCGUUCCCACUGCUGUCUUCUGAAUUGUGAAUUCAAUGUCUGUUGGUGAAGAUGGAUGCCCAUUGCAUUACAUACAGCUUAUAACAUGUGCCACAGUUGCCUCAGAUGGUCUGGAGUUCCGAGGCAAGAUGCUGCUCAUGCCAGCCAGCACCUCAUCUGGAUGUUAGCCUACCUUAUGGCUUAACAGCGUUUGGAGCAUGAAAGUAUUGAGACCAGCAAAUAGGGGCACAGCUCUCAUGUUUAAGUAUAGGUCAAAAAAGUCAUGACAGGCUUUUUUGUUUAGUUUUGGUUUGGAGGGUGUUUUUUGGUUUGUUUGUUUUUAAAAGGAGUAAAACUAGAAGACUCUUGUAUUCUGGUUGCAAUCCAUGCUGGAACUACCAAGUUGCAUGGAGUGUGUCUUGUCUUUGCUAGACAAGUCCUUUUGUGUCAGCGGUGGUAUUUCUUUGCAGUUUGAUCAAAAGAAUUUGCUUUUUUUAAGCUGUGGAUAAGCAAAGGGCAUAACUUCCUAGCUGUUUGUCUUUAGUAGUCACCAUUGUAGAGAAUGUUUAAACAUGAGAAUAAAAACGAGUUUGUGCCAGCUGUUCUGAGUUCAGGCUCUCAGAGAGACAACAGGAUUUUGCGUUUGUAAUCUUUGUGCGAAAUUGAUGUUUAUGAUACAAAUAAGUCCUGUAGACUAUAACCAACUGCACAUCUUUUUGUUCUUGUCCUAUGACUCACUGUUAAACAGAAAUUGCAAUUUAUUUCCUGUGAUAUUAGUUCUCUGCCAAGAAUCUGAAUGAACAGAUCUGAGAGAUUCCCAAAGCAAACAGUAUCAGGUUCUGCAGGCCUCAGAGCUCCUGGGCUUUUAACACAAGCCCUGCUGCAACUUCACAUCUUCUAGUGGGAAUCUUUUACCUUUUUAUUCAGAGAAAUAAUGUUAAAUUGUUUAUAAGUGACCUGAACUCUUCUUGCUCUUCUAACACUACCCACCAACAAAUACCCAUAUUAUCUUUAUUGCCUAAUAUAUAUCUCUGUCUUAAACAUGCUGCCAGCAACACAAAGGAAGAAUUCACACAGAACUGAUUUGCGACUUGGUGUGAAUAUUUUCAUUCUUUCUAAUUAUUAUCUGUAUUUAUUGACUCCCAAUUUCAGAUGUAGUUCUUGUAUGUCUUCUGCAAUAUAUUUUUAGUCUUUUUUUUUUUUUUCCUUUCAGUGAAAGUAAGUUGUGCUGUUAUGACUUAACAUCAGGGUAUUUAUGGUAUCAGGGUUACAGGGUGAUGAAAUGCUGUGUGUAUUUAGGACUGUGUUAUCAAUUGCUCAUAUUUGCUAAACAGGUAGAGCAGAACUGACUAGGUAUUCAUUGCUUUCUUGUCAGAAACUAUAAAAUAGACCUGAGUUUAGAUUUCUAUAUAAUAGAACUAACUAUAUUGUCAGUAUUGAGUCAUUAUUCCUAUUUAAUACUUUAGUUAAAGUAAUUACUGUCUUUAAAUUCUCCAAGCCUCUUUUACUCAGUUUUUAUUCCUAAGUUGAAUUCACAUCUGGGCCUGACUUACAUGGAGCUCAACAAAGCUUUCUCUAAAGUCUGUUUAUUUAAUUAACUUAUUCCAAGUGCAUUUAAAAGAUUUUUAUUCACAUAAAUGUUCAGCUCCUUAAAACUGAUUUAUCCAGGAAAAUUAGCUUCUGAAGUGAGCAAAAUUGUGCAGCUCUGUUUUCAAGCCAUUGCCAGUCAGCUCUAAAACACUUUCAAAUGGCAUGCUAAAUGGAAUUACGGUGACAAGAAGUUAAUCCAAGUAUAAUGUAAAAGAUCAUACAGGGGAGGAAUCACCCAUUUCAUUAGAGAAAGAACUGUUGUUCAUUGCAGUUUAGAGCUCAAUUUCUCUUUUUAUUUUCCCCCUUGAAAGUGUUUUUUCUUGUUUAUUAUGGCAACUCAUGAAAGAGCUCAGUGUUUCUCAGCAUUGCUGAAAAAUUCAAAUGAAUUUAACACAUCUUCAUCUUUACUAAUGGUAAUAUCAAAUUAGAGAAUUCAGCUUAGUGUCUGACUUGAUGAGAUUUUCCAUUAAAGAAAGAAAAAGUUGUCUAUAACUAUUCUACUUUAAGUAAAUUAAAUCUUCCAACCAAAUACAUUAGAGCAUCUGCUCAUUAUUUAGCACUGUUUUGUACAUCUAGAGUCAGCACGAAGAUUAGAAAACAAAGUCAAUGCCAUUUUUUUAUUAUACGCUGAUUGUUAUACGUUAGUAGUUCUGUUUAUACGCUGAUGCCCACUCAGAGACACUCAAUAAAGAACUGGAAUUUAGAUGUGACUUCACAGAAAGUAGGCACGCUGUAUGUUGUUUUUUCUCUAUGAAAGUAUUAAUUGGCUUAUGUUUUGACAGGUGGUGAUAUACCAUCAAUUGAGCAAGUGAAUGCAUGGCUGGAGUAGUCAGCAAAUUGUCAGAGCCAGUUAAGAGUUAAUGUGUUUAAGAGUAAAAGUUGGGGCUUGUAUGUCAUGAUAUCAGUUUCCAGAGGGACGAAACUAUGCUUCAAAAGUAAUUAUUUGUAGAUCCCGGAGCAUGCUUAAGGCCUGGUUCCCAUCCCCAUCUCUCAGUUACUACUGUAUUUAGAUUAGAAUGCUUAGUAUUUUCUGAACUUGUUGUUCAGAAUUGAAUUAAGCUAGCAGCUAAUUAUUUAGCUUGAGUUUAGAAUACGUUCUGAAGUUCCAAAACAAUUCUAUGCAGGCAAGUUUGAAAUGCUACCACUGUGGUAUCGCAGGAUGCUGAUUCUGUUUUAUGGUUGCUUAAAAUGUGCAAGUGUCUAAACAAGGUAUGGGAGGCCAGGUCCAAAGCUUUGACUAGUACUUAAGUGCUGUUAAUCUGGCUGUAGUCAGAUAAGUAAAAUACAGCAAAUUAAAUGCUCUUCACAAAUAAGGGUGCAGUCCGAAGAAAACACCUAUAUUCCUUCUAGCGACCUUGUAUGCUAUGACUUGCAGGGUUUACAGAGUGAGCCUUUAUAUGGCUUUUGUUAAUUGCUAAAAAAACCCUGCAGUCUUUUCUUUCACCCUCAUAAGCUUUUAUUACACAGAUUUGGCUGAGGUAAUGUCAAAACCCCACCCGUACUCCAUGACAGAAUCUGGAUCUAGGUUGGAUUUUGAAAAUACUUACUAUAAAAAUAGUUUUUAGGUCACCCUGCAACUUGUCUUGGGCAAAGAAAGCCCGAAUUAACAGCUGUAGUGUAAUAUGAGAAAACUGCAGGCAUGUGCCAUUCAGGAAUAGAUCUAAUGCCAGUACAACUACAUAUCAGUUUUGUAAUACUGUAUGUGUUUAAUUACUGUGGUAUAUACAAAUGGUGGAGGUAAGCAAAGAAUUAGCGUUUAAAUAAUAACACAUCCUUGGCAUUAGACAUUAUCACCCAUUGACAUUCUUCAAAUUCUUGAAGUUUAAAUUAUUUUGGCUAAAAACCUGAAUGAAUGGUGACAACCUGACAAAGGUCUAACAGUGCCUGUCCAGUGCCUCCUGCUACUUUAGGCCCUCUGCUAUUGCAAAGGAGAGCUGCACUAUUGGUACAAUGUACAUAGUUUUCCUCAUUAGAACUUUCACUCAUCUAUUUCAUUUUUAUCACUUCUUUAUGCAUGUCCUUGUCACUCAGUGAAAAGAGAGCAACAUCCUUUCUCAUGAUUUUUCAGAAUUAUCCAGUGUCUCCUGAAAACUGGCAGAUAUGUGAUCACCUCAGUCUACAUAAAGUAGUUUGAUGAGUUUACAAAACUGACCUAUGUGGUGUCUUACGGCAAAUGCUGCGUCCAAAAAGCAGCAAGUGACUCCUGAAACACUGAGUAAGCUGGGCUGUAUUACUGUAAGGAGGAUAAUUAGUGUGUCUAAAACUGUGCCACAUAAUUCAAGUGAAUAGUAGCUAUUGCAGCUUCUUUCUGUAGCAGAAGCAGGGAGCUUGCACACUUACCAGAAAUUCCUUUGUAUCAGUUUUAACCUAUAUCAUCUAUCUGUUCUCUUUGUCCUCCUCAACUAUAAUGAUAAACUAAUUUAGGUUUAAUACCUGGAAUCCAAGAAAUGUGUUUAACAACAGAUGUUAAAAAGUUUUUAUCUUUACAGAAAAAACUUAGAUUGUGCUUUUGAAGCAUAGUCAGUCCCCAGCAUUGGUUUGUUGGGGUUUUUUUUGGAGUCUUCUGCUGCUGUCUGUUGGGGGUUUUAGUUGUUUUCAGCUGCUAAAAGAUUGUUGAAUUCAUCACAGGAAUUUCUCGUGGAGAUUGUCACACUGAGAAAGAGCUUUUGAAACAGUCACGCGGGUUCAUUGCUAGAGAGCAAGGGCAGGUUGCUUCUGCUCUGUACAGGCCAGGAUCCCAUUUGGGUGGUUUUCUGAGUUUGUUUAUGCAUUUUUAAUAACAAGGGUAUCAGUGUUGUAUGAUUAGGAUCUGUUUCAGGAAUUAUGUCAUUUUGAGAGGCAGAUACUUGGAGUGAAUGUUUUUAUGCAAUAAUACAAAGUUCAUAGGGCUUAGAUGAUUAAACUAGAAACAUUUCACUCUUAGAGCGGGAGCUUCAGUUGCAGGGAGCAGUUUGGGACAAAGACUGGUAUGGACUUAAUAUGUGUGCAUCUGUGCAGAUACAACUAAGAAAAUGUAUGUGUUACCCAAGAUGAAGUGACUAAUUGCAAAGAUGUGUUUCUAAAUGGACUUGGUUUUUAAUUUUGGUUAUUUUGUUAAGGAUUCUAUCACUCAUCUGAAAGUGAGCACUGGAAAAAAGAGAGGAAGAGAAUGUAGGAAGCAAGAUGUUAGUAUCUAUGGGAAGAGCAACAGGAAGAUAUGAUUCUUAUGGUCUGAGUUAGUUCUGUUUGGCUCCAGUCCUCACAGCUCUUGCGUUUUCCUACAUGCUGCCCCAGAUCUGCUUGUUACUCCUUUUCCUCCCUACCUAGCAUCUUAUUGCUGAUGCUCUGAUGUUCCCUGGAAUUUUCCUCUAAAUUGUGAUAUAUUAAAGAUUUUUUUAAUUCAUUUACUUUUAUGUCUUUGUGAUAUGCUGAGUAAAAUAUUCUCAUCCAAGUUUUUUCACAUCAGACUUUAAAGGCAACUACCACUAGGCUGUCAAGUGCUAGUGAGCAAAAAGUGUAUGUGGGAAAUACUAGUCCUUUUGGAGCCUGUACUUUCCUUAGUCUGUUCACACUGUUUGUGACCCUUAAAAGAAAAAUUAAUCAGAGGUUUUCUGUUGACUUAAGUAGUAAGUCAGACCUUAUACAGGCUUGUCUAAGUAUUUCUCGCUCACCAUGAUGCACCAUAUUUAUGCUAAAUUGGUCAGUUGUGCAUUACUCAAUGUUUUAGUUGUACCUAAGUGUUGUUUUCUAAAUAAAUUGCAUUCUUGAAAGUGAACUUCAAAAGAAUUCAUAACUUUUUGGCAUUCCUGUGUGAAGGUAUAUCAGCUCCCUGGAGAUGCCAACAUCACAUUGAGCAGAUAGACUUACUUUGGGAGGUAUAACAUUACUUCACAAUUUAGUGCCCGUAACUAAGAACCUUGUCCAAUAGCUUGUAAAAUUUGCUUUCCUUUCUGCUUUGCUCUAUUUCCUCAUUAGCAUUGGCUUUCUUUCUGGAGUGAAUGUUAAUAUUGUUCCUUCAAAGAUGAGAAGCUCAACAGGAGCUGAUAAUGUGCACCUGCAGCCCAGAAAGCCAAACAUACCCUGGGCUGCAUCAAAAGAAGUGUGACCAGUGAGUCAAGGGCAGUGAUUCUUCCCUCUCCUCUGCUCUCAUGAGACCUCACCUGGAGUACUACCAUCUAUUCUGGAGUCCUCAGCACAGGAAGGACAUGGAUCUGUUAGAGCAAGUCCAGAGGAGGGCCAUGAAGAUGAUCAGAGAGCUGGAGCACCACCUGUAUCAGACAGGCUGAGAGAGUUUGGCUUGUUCAGCCUAGAGAAGAGAAGGUUCCCAGAAGACCUUAUAGUGGCCCUUCAGUACUUAAAGUGUGUGUGGCGGGGAGGGGGCUCUUUAUCAGGGAGUGCAGUGAUAGAACAAGUGGUAGUGAUUUUAAACUCAAAGAGCAUCGGUUUAGAUUAGAUAGCAAGAAUAAUUUAUUUUUUUUACUGUGAGGAUGGUGAGGCACUGGCACAGGUUGCCCCAAGAAGCAGUGUAUGCCCCAUCCUUGGAGGUGUUCAAAGCCAGGUUGGAGGAGGCUUUGAGCAACAUGGUCUAGUGGAAAUUGUCCCUGCCCAUGGCAGGGGGUUGAAACUAGGUGAUCUUCAAGGUAGCUUCUAACCCAAACAAUUCUAUGACGCUAUAAGGAGCCAUGCUAAAUGGAAUUUCAGCUUUUAAUGAUUUUUUUCACUCAUAUCUAUCAGUGCUCCUCAUUCUUGACAGUAGUUUAAAAUUAUAUGUUUACAUUCCCAUUAUCUGUGGCAAUUAUUCUGUUUUAGAAAGUUAUGUGCAUUAAAUUGCUUGUUUCUCAUAUCUUCUAAACACAGAAUGGUUCUGAACUACCUCAGACCUUCUUAAGAGCAGGUAUGAGUUUCAGCUGAAGUUUAUACUUCAUCAUAGUCUUUGGAUGUUCUUUUAAGUGCAUGUAUAUGUAGCAAAAUCAGCCUGCCAGACCCUGAUUGCAUGUUCAAUAAUACAGUCUCUGGAAUAAGACAUGUAACUGAAAUGAAUUCACAGCCACACCCAUUCAGGUUCAUACUGACACCUCUUCCAAGCAAAACUUUUCAGGAGUACAGCUUCUGAUAAGGGAAGCUCUUCAACUUUCUGGUCUCGGCUCUUUGAAGGAACGUGAUAUUGCCUGCACUGGACUACUUUCACCUCUCCUUUACUGUGACAACUGCCAUAAAAAUUGUGUUGUCAGACCUCCAUUCACGGCUGUUAGCAGGAGCUGUGCUAUCGCAUUGGACUGUGCUCAUCAUAUGAGAAUAAACCCCCCAUGGUAUGUUCUGAUGACCUUGGUAAUAUUUUAUACCGCUAUGGAUACACAUUGCCAACCAUUUGGGCUAAUUAGGUUUCAGGUAAAAUGAUGGUUGCAGGUUGUGCUGCAGUGAGCCAAUCAAUAACUUUGGGAAUUGUCUGGUUUUGUAAGUUAUCCAUUGAACAAUCCAACAAACCUUGUUAGUGCUGAUUUCCUUUUCACGAGCAGACAUGCACAUCAUUAAAUGUAAUGGCAUUUUUUAUGCGCAUCUACAAAAGAAGCAUCAGAAUUACAUCCUUAGUAACAAUCUGUGUAUUUGUAAUCAAUGGUGACAAUUGCAAUUACUAAACUGUUAUAAGCUAUUCUGUGCAUGCUCUAGUAUUCUAUUAACAGUUUGUAUUAACAGCUGAUCAGCAGAGGGUUCAGAAGAGCAAGGAAGACUGGCUCUGGAUUUCUUUUGUAACAGCUUCAAAGAGCAGCAAAACUCUCCAGAGUGGAUGCAGGACAAGGCAAUGCUCAAAGCAAAUGAUAAAAUGAAACUGUUGUGCUUUGUAUUUAUAGCUUUGGGGAUUUUUCUUUAAAGUAUUUAACUUCACAGGAAAAUACAGAGUAUAUUUAAAAUAGUGAGAAUUGGAAAUACACCUUCUCAAGAAUGAGAAGGGUGUGAUUUGAGAAAUAAAGUGAUCUUUUGUGUUUGACUGCUUGUCUGUAGUUUUGUUAAAAUAAUGGUUGUGCCUGUCUGGUGCUGCUCACAUACUGCAUGUGGGAAUAGAAGAGUUUUGGCAGAACUGGAUUAACAUCCCAGCAUGGCAAGGAAAUGAAUAUAGUCAUAAUUGAUGUAUUAACUCAUAAUGACUCAGUUUUAAUAUCAACAUAGAAAAUCACUGGUGAUUUUCUCAGUGACCGUCACGCCAGUGGGCAUCUGGGCAGCUACUGGGGAUGUCGAGAACAACUGCUGUAGGUUGCUACCAGAAUGUGACACUGUACUCUGUGGAAGAAGUGUAUGGAUGAAUGUUUCACUGUACUUCAAAAAACAAUGCGGCAAAUAUUUUGAGAGUUGGGAAUCUAUUUUCAAAUGAACAAAAAAAAGGCUUGAUGAUUUUUUAGAUGCAUUUAGAACAUAUGUUUCCUUUUGGACUACUAUGAAAGGUGGGAGCACUGAGUGUUGAUUCAUGAACAUUAGGCCUUCGUUGGAAUAGCUUAUCAGUCUCACAUAUGAAAGAGAAUUUUUGUAAGCCUUGCCUGGAUUUCAGAACUUCAUGCCCUAAAGCAGUGACUGUUCUCCACUAACUACAAUACAUUCCUAUAUCCUGUAAUCUUUUAAGCAGUUGUAGGGGUGUUGUGCUAUUCCUUUCAUGAACGUGUUUAACCUCUGUUACCUAGAAAGCGGAGAGGUCAAACUUGAAAUGUGGAAGUAUGACACGAAGGAGCGAGAUCAAGCUGAGGUACCACAGCAAACCGUACAAUGCCAUAAGUAACAUUUCUUUUCUGUGUUAAUUAGUAUAUUUGAUAGUUAUUAUUAGAUUUUGAGAGUAAAAAUAGGUGGUUUUUAGGCCCAGAAGCCGAAAUAUUCACAAAUCUUCACCCCCCUCAGCAACAAACUGACUGCUGUGCAGGUUCCAUUCUGGCUUGCAGAAAGGAUGAAAGCCAGAAUGAUUAUUAUAUCAUUAUUAUCGAUGUGAUUGUGGAAAUGCUUACUUCUGUAGCUCUGUUUGUUCAAACACCUCCCUGUGUUUUUUUGAAUGUGAGCAUUCACAGUAUGUGUACAUGGGAGAUGGUGUUGCUUAGCACUGAAAUAUCACUAUCUGCAGGGUAAAAUCAACUUAACAAGAGGAGGUGGUGUUAGAACAGAAAAGGCGUAUUUGGUUUCCUAUCUUUUUGAACAGUUAUUUCUUUAUGAGAGAACAUUCUGUGUCCUACAACAGCUCGGUUCCCUGGAGCCUCUGGUGAGAGAUACAGUAUCCCUGCUCUGGCAUCCUGUCUCUGAUGGUCACCCACAGCAGAGUGAGAUUCUGUGAAGAGCCUUAUUAAAACCUUUUUGGAAACCUAAAUAUAAUUACGAACAAGAUCACUGGUAUCCUUCUGCUUAUUGACUUCUUCAAGGCAUCAAGCGUAUUUGUGAGGUAAUUAUUUCCUCUACAAAAGCCAUCCUGAGUUUUCCCGUUAUGUGAUUACCAAGGAGGAAACAAGAUUGUAAUUUCUCAGAUCUGUUGGGUCAUACAUGUGCUGAGACUUGCUUCUCUGUCUCCAGUUUUCAUUCAUAGUCCUUCACUACUGCUUGUGCUGUGAUUUUUAGAAGACAGGAGCUGCUGCUCAGGGUCUGCCUGUGCUGUAUUCAGGUAAUGAGUGUACCCCUCAACCAAAGAAGCACAGCUAUGGAAUAGCCAGGGGUUUUGGUCAUUCUCAUGGAGAGCUAACUGCUCUCCAGAGCAUCUGCUCCCCUGUCUAUGCUUAGCUACUCCCUCUUGCCUCAGUUAUUCUCAAAUCAUGUGACCUACUGCCUGGAGCCCAUGUGCAAGACAACAACAUAGGUCAAGACUCAGCUGUUCUUAUUUAAUAUAAAGACUUCUUUGCCUGUAGGUCAUGUUUCUGCAUACCUGAUGUACACAAAUGGCUUCAAGCAAAUAAGCUAUGUGCAUACACAUGCUUAAUGAGGGAUUCAUAAUUUGAUUCAGAGAACUUGGGAGCUUUUAAAAUGUGGACUGUUGUAUUCCUAGGUAGUAAGCUUUGUUGCAGAUGCCAGAACUGCUGUUUGAAAACCAUAUAAAAGUGAUUCUGGCAACAACUGAUUGCCCUUGCCUUGGAGGCUGCACGAGACCAAGUCUGAACUCUGUGCGGGGUGGGAAGGGGGACUGACAAAUAGCCUGAGAUUGUGGUUUCAUUAGGCACAAAACUUAUAAAGAGAUCAUGCACAAACAAAUGUACCUGAAUAUAUCAAUUAGAGGUAUUGUAAGAGUAUUAGAAAUUUGCUGAGGCUUCCUGGUGCAGUUCUACACGUCCAUUCUGUUUAACAAGGCAAUUUGCUUUUAAUCCAUCAUUUUAAUGUAUUAAACUGACACCACUGUAAGGAUCUCAAAAGGUCUUGCUUUCUAACAGUCUCAUGAAAUGAAGAUUUAAGAUGUGUAUUUUUAAGAAAUGAAAUGCAUCUCUUUGUACAGCAUUCUCUGACAGGCGUGUUCUUUAUGCUGCAUGCUCUGUGCUAGACCGCUACAUAAAUAUCCUUGUUGUUUUAAUUCAGAUGUAACAUUAUCACGUUCUGUUAUCAACUGCUGGGUGAAAAGAUAUUUUUGCUAAGGUGCUGACAUGGUGUAGUUUUAUUGCUACUUGCACCAUUUAGACUUCAGCAUCACAU